CCCCAAAUCACUUAUUGUCUUCUCUCUCUAGGUUUCGAUUGGAGAAUUAGGGUUUGGAAUCUCUCUCUCUCUCUCUCUCAAUUGGAUUCUUGAAUUCGGCUUCGUUCUUCAUAUCCUCCAUCGACAACCAUGACUGAGUAUUGGGUAAGUCAAGGGAAGAAGUGGUGCGAGUUCUGUAAGCUCUGGACACAGAACAACGCGACAAGUAUCAGAAACCAUGAGCUUGGCAAACAUCACCGUGAAUGUGUCGAGAAGAAGCUCACUGAUAUGCGAGAGAAGAGCGCUGCCAAAGACAAAGAGCUCAAGAAGAACGAGAAACUCCUUCAACAGAUCGAAGCUAAAGCAACUCGUAGCUAUCAGAAAGACAUUGCAACUGCUCAUGAAGUUGCCAAAGCUAACGGUGCACCCGAAGAUGGUACACGUGAUUGGGUUCUUGACGCUGCUUCGGGAUAUUAUUACAACCAGAUCAAUGGUCUGCACUAUGACUCAAAGUCUGGAUUCUACUACAGUGACUCGAUAGGACGUUGGGUAACACAAGACGAGGCUUACGCUGCGGUUAAAACUUCAUCAGAUAAAGACACUAAACUGCCUCUCGUUAAAAAGCCUGUGAUUUCUUCAGAAGCUGGACCUAGUACAGCGAAACCACCUGGGAGGGUUGUCUCGGCCACUUUAAACCCGAAGAGAAAUGUGAAAGGAGCUGCCUCAUCUAUUGAGAUUGGCAACAACAACAAGAGAAAGAGGAUAGAUGAGAAACCGAAGAAAGUAUCUGCAGAAGAGAAAGCUGCGUUGAGGGCGAGAGAAGCUGCUAGGAAACGAGUUGAAGACAGAGAAAAAUCAUUGCUUGGCCUUUACAACAGACCCUUUUGAUGAAACCAUCACUUGAUGCUACGUAACAGAGGAGAGCAUCAGUUAUUCCUUCAAAACGUUCAAUCCCAAACUCUCUGGUUGGUCUUGUCUUUUUAACUGUUGUUCCUUAUUAAUCACUCUCUCUUUGUUGUACAAUCCUAUUCAAUUUGUGGCAGGGAGUCUCAGCUUUUGAAUAUGGCUUGUAGGAAAGUCUUUGAGAAAAAUAAAGAAU